CACCAUGAGUUCAUCAGCCUUCAUCAUCUUCAUCUUCACUCUGCUGCAGGGCUUUGCUCUGAGUACUAAGAAUUCUGAGGAAUUCAAUGCUGGAACCACACGUGGUUCAGAUAAUAUGAUGAACAGUGUGAAAACAGCCAUGGACACCAUCAUUACCGUGAAUGACGAUCAGGAAGUGUUCGCGGUGGACGGGGUCAGAAUCAGAGAGGGAGACAUCGCUGUGUCCAGGCACAAUGAGAGGAGCUGCUUCGCUCAGACCUGCCUGUGGAAUAAAUCAGUGGACGGUCAUGUUUAUGUAGCCUACACACUCUCGCCGUUCUACAGUGAGGUGGAUGAGAGCGGAAUAAAGCGAGGGAUGAAGCUGAUCGAGAGAGGGACAUGUGUUCGCUUCGUUCCUAAAACACAUGAGAGAGAUUACCUGGACAUUCAGCCCAAAUCAGGAUGCUGGUCGUUUGUGGGGAUGGUAGGUGGGGGUCAGCCGCUCUCCCUGCAGAGCCCCGGCUGUAUGUGGUCCGGCGUGGCUGCCCACGAGUUCAUGCAUGCUCUGGGCUUCGUCCACGAGCAGUCCCGCUCUGACCGCGACAGAUACGUCACCAUCCUGUGGGACAACAUCAUGGAGGGUCAGAAGCACAACUUCAGGAAGUACCACACCAACAACCUGAACACUGCGUAUGACUACUCCUCUGUGAUGCACUACGGCAGGUUCGCCUUCUCAGAGGAGGGGUUGCCCACCAUCAUGCCCAAACCGGACCCCAACAUCCCCAUCGGUCAGCGAGACGGGCCGAGUCCGCUGGACAUUCACAAAAUAAACCUGCUGUAUAACUGCGGGGGCCGCAUCUGACCGCAC